AUGGGCGGCGUGCUCUCCUGCAUCAAGUCGGCCCUCGCCACCAUCGGGGGCUGCAUCAUGGCAGUCAUUAGCGGCAUUGGCGGCAUCCUGCAAGCCAUCAUCAGCGGCAUCGUUUCGUUCUGCGGCAUCAUUGUCAGGUUCCUCACGUGCGGGUAUUGCGGGCGAUCACGCGGAGCGAGGACGACGAGGAGGAGUAGGGUGUAG